AUGGAGAGCGUCAUCAUCCUCAUCUACGGUGAAGACCGACACCUCAUCCACAAGCCUGCCGACUACGACAGCCUGGUCGACGUUGCGCGCGACAAGUUCCCUGAGGUUGACUCUGCCUACGAUGACAACGACAUUGCUUUCCACUUCACUCCAGAGUGGUUCGACGGCGACGUCAAGCUGGGCCGCGACGCUUUCGCCGAGGUGCACAAUCGUGCCGUCCUUCGCGUCACCACGACUGCCUUUGUUCCUGCUCAGCGCUAUGGCAAAGACGGCAAGAUUCAAGCUGGUGGUUUUGCAGGCUCGCGUUCUGAUUACCUGCCAUACGAGAAGAUGAGACUCUGCGUCAUCCAUGUCCCUUCUGACCGCAAGGGUUGGUUCUCCGUGAAGCCUGGAAUGGCUUUGUCGCGGCUAAUGGCCGGCGCAGCCAAGUUCUUUGGGGUUGAACGUUAUGACCACCGCUUUUACUACCAGCGUGAGGUCCUCGAGGACUACGAUACGCCAGAGAGCAUGGCCAUGGAGGACUGCGACCUCGUGGAGAUGCACACCGACCUCCACGAAGGAUAUGGCAUCGUCGUUGGCAUCGGAGCCUUCUUUGCUCUUAUGAUGCUUGCUAUAACAUACCUCCAGAAUCGCUACACCACUUACUCAACAAAACAGUCUGAGGAGUUCAACACUGCAUCCCGGAGCGUCAAACCGGGGCUCAUCGCAGCAGGCAUCGUCAGCUCUUGGACAUGGAGCUCAACGCUCCUCACGUCGAGCACCUUUGCUUACUCGUACGGCAUCGGCGGGCCCAUGUGGUACGCAGCGAUGGGUUCCUCGCAGAUUCUCCUCUUCUCGUUGAUCGCCAUAAAAAUCAAGACCAACGCCCCCGGCGCUCACACCUUCCCGGAGAUUAUCCUCGCGCACCACGGCCGCCUGAACCACCUCACUCAGGUCGUCGGCGCCCUGUCCGGUGUCAACGUCUACGGUGCCUGCUUUCUCAUCCCGCUGGUGGUCGCGGCAUAUGUCAUCGCCGGCGGCCUGCGGAGCACGUUCAUCGCCGACUACGCGCACACGGUGAUCCUGUUCGUCGCGAUCCUCACGUUCGGCUUCAGCAUGUACGAGACGAGCCCGACGGUCGGGAGCAUCGGCAAGUUCUACGACCUCCUCCUCGAGGCCGGGAAGGACAUGCCGAUCCCCGGCAACGCGCACAACGGGUCGUACUUGACUUUCAAGUCGGAUGAUGGGCUCGUGUUCGCCAUCGACUUGCUGGUUGCAGGAUUUUGUACGGUCUGGCUGGACCAGGCCUACUGGCAACGCGCGAUCGCCUCCCGGCCCGAGACAUCUGUCAAAGCCUAUCUGUUUGGCGGCAUCGCGUGGUAUGGAAUACCGUUUGGAUUUGCGACUGCGAUGGGACUCGGCUGCGCGGCGCUGACGUCCAGCCCCUCGUUCCCGACAUAUCCCAAUCCGCUCUCGGCAGCGCAGAACGGCAGUGGCCUGUCUGCUCCUGCAGCUGCUAUCGCGUUGCUGGGAAGCGGUGGUGCGGGACUCCUGCUUCUGCUCUUGUUCAUGGCCGUCACGAGUGCGACCAGUGCGGAGCUUAUCGCGGUGUCGAGUCUCAUCACGUUCGACAUUUACAAGACAUACAUCAAGCCGACGGCGAGCUCUGAUGAGCUUGUCCGGAUGAGUCAUUAUGGCAUCAUAAUGUUCUCCGUAAUCCUGGCCUCAUUUUGCUGCAUACUGAACGCUGUCAGCAUCAACUUGACCUGGGUACUGACUGUCCUUGGUGUGAUUGUCGGUGGCGCCUCUAUUCCCAUUGGACUGAUCUUGUUAUGGGAGCCAAUGUCGUCGGUGGCAGCCUUAAUAUCUCCCUGGAUCGGCACCGCACUGGGCCUCGUUGCUUGGUUUGUCGUGACCAAGCUCCGCAGUGGAAGCAUCUCGGUGGAAACGACAGGCGAUGUUACGAACGCCGUGGCUGGGAACGUCACGUCGUGUUGCACCGGUGUUAUCAUGGCGUUCGUGUUAUCAUACCUUUCUCCAUCAAAAUGGGGAUCAGCGGAGGCCAACGGCGAUCUUCUUGCAAAGAUCAGACUGGACAAGAUCCUGCACGGCAUCCCCACCAAUUCCGCACCAGAUACAGCAGUGGUCGACAACCGUGCUGGGUCGGACUUGGAAAAAUCUGUGAAAGGUCCAAUUGUACCCCAGGAAGAGAAUAGUGACCAGCCUGCGUCGGACCCGGCCCCAGAAACUGUGGCCCCCACGGGAAACGCGAUUGUAGACUUCCUUGAGGCUUCAUACUUACAGCCUAUGGACGCUCAACAGGCUCGAGUGGCAACGAGGCUGGCUUACGGAUUCAACAUUGCGUACUGGACCGUAGCAAUGAUCCUAGUACCAUUUGCGUUCUUCGGCACCGAGUGGGAGUUUACACGAGCGGGUUUCGUGGGAUGGUGCAUUGUGUCUUUCAUAUGGGUGUGGUUCAGCGCACUGAUUUGUAUCAUUGAGCUCCCACAGGAGGGAGUUCGAGACGAAGUGACGGCUGGCAACUCCGAGUCUGGUGGAGGGCCUUACACCCUCUUAAUAUUCACCUUCUCCCUCUAUUCGAUCAUGGCGCGAUUCGCCAUUGAGCUUGGGAAAGAGUAUCACCAGGGACCCAAUGGUGUACCCAACAUCAGUCACAAACUUAUCGACCUUCACCGUGAUGAGAACCUCGACGAGUGGUUCCUGACUCUCAACCCUAGCGGUCAGGUACCUAUUAUGACCCGAGAAUGGGGAAACGGGUCGACAAAGCCACGCCUUGAAGUCACCACGGAGAGCGUGGUGAUUUCGAAAUUCUUCGGAGAAAACUUCUUUCCGGGGCUGCUCGGCGGUGCACACACAGGGGAGGUUGACAGGUUGCUGGCAAAGAUACACGCAAUACAAGCCUUCUCGUUGAGCAUCAAAAGUCCUACAAAGGAGCAGGCGGUGGAAGUACCAGAUCCAGGUCAGGACGAGCGGCUCGCCAGAACAGAUAUAUCUGACAAGUAUCGGCGUGCGCUAGAGUAUAAAAGAGUACACUACUAUGACAACUUGGCGUACGCGUUGCGACCAGAAAAUAUACAGAAGGCAAAAACCCAAGCCGCCGACCUCUUCCAGGAACUCCUGCUGAUUUGUCGAGAACACCACUCGAGCCCGGCCACUGAGCAAGAGCAGGAUCGGGCUAUCUGGCUGUUUGGUGCUGGAACGGGUCCGACCAUCCUGGACGCACACGCUGUGGCUUUAAUAGCUCGUAUAGAUGAUGCAGGUCAGGAAGAACUAGUGCCAGGUGACCUGCUGGCCUACGCACGAAAGGUUCGCAGCUUGCCCGCUUGGGAGGCUGUAACCCAUGGCAGGGAGACAAUCUGGAACAAGGGUUAUGGGCAUGUCUACCUCCUCAAAGACUUCUGA